AUGGGUGGCUGGACGCGCGCUUGGACGCUCCCCUAUAGGGGGCUCGGCCCCUCCAGUUCCAGCUUCUCCAGACUGCCUAUCGCAUGCGGCAGCAGUCAAGGCGGCACAGAGCCGAGACCGGUGCCGCUUUCCUACAAGCUUCUGGACGGCGAGGCAGCUAGCCCGCCCCUUGUCUUUCUGCAUGGGCUCUUCGGCAGCAAAACCAACUUCAACUCUAUCGCCAAGGUCCUGGCUCAGCAGACAGGCCGGAGGGUGCUGACAGUGGAUGCUCGGAACCAUGGUGAGAGCCCCCACAGCCCAGAAAUGAGCUACGAGGCCAUGAGCCAGGAUCUGCAAGACCUCCUGCCCCAGCUGGGCCUGGUGCCCUGCGUCCUCAUUGGCCACAGCAUGGGAGGCAGGACCGCCAUGCUGCUGGCACUUCAGAGGCCAGAGCUGGUGGAGCGCCUGAUUGCCGUGGACAUCAGCCCAAUGGAGACCCCGUCCAGCUCGAACUUUCCAAGCUACAUCACAGCCAUAAGGGCCGUGGACGUGGCAAAUGAGGCGUCCCUUUCCAGCGCCCGAAAACUGGCCGAUGAGAGGCUCCGCUCUGUUAUCCAGAGCACGAGCACGCGGCAGUACCUGCUCACCAACCUGGUGGAAGUGGAUGGGCGCUUCGUGUGGAGGGUGAACUUGGAUGCCUUGGCUAAGCACUUGGACAAGAUCUUGGACUUCCCCGCACGACAGGAAACCUACUCUGGGCCAACCCUCUUCCUCCGGGGUGGAAACUCUCAAUUCCUGCCUCCUAGCCACUACCCUGAGAUUAGGCGGCUGUUCCCUCGGGCCCAGAUGCAGACCAUUUCGAACGCUGGCCACUGGGUCCACCACGACCACCCGCAGGACUUCAUGGCUGCAGUCCGAGGCUUCCUGGCCUAA